AAGGAGCCGCUCGGAUGGGUAUAAUAUUGUCGUAAAGUGGUGCGCUGCAACGGCUUAAGAAAAAUAUUGAGCAUGGACCACCUCGGACGACAUCCCAUCGCGUCGCCUGAAAGUUGCCGCGUCUGCCCCUCGCUGCCUCCAAACUUAUCUCACAACAUAAAGGAGAUCUACAACGAUUCAAUAUCAACAAGAAUCCUUUCGACCACACCACAUACUCACAUAAAGCGUGACAAGAUUCGAAUUUUCACAAUGUCAAACGAAGCAACUCCUAUCUUCCCCGCACGAUUCGCCGAAGCUCUCAAGGAUCUACCCCUCAGCACUCUCCAUCUUAAAGCUGCCGAAAUCCGCAACAGCAUCGCACACCUCGACUAUUCCAACGAGCAACUCAAACCUUUCGCAGAUGGGACCGAGCCUUCAGCGAACGGACAACCAGAUCAAGACUGCGUCGACGCAAUCAAGGAGAACGAGACUGUAAUUGCCCGCAUGCAAGAGAGGAUUGCGUUACUCAGAGCGGAGGUUGAGGGGCGAGGAAGCAAUUGGUCGGAAUUUCAGAGCGCGGAUGAGCUUAAGAAUGAGGAGGGUGAGGAAACUCUACUUAAUGGAACGGGCGAGAGUCAUGUAGGACGUGAGGCUGGGGAGGAGAGAAGCAGCGCAUGGACCGAUGGGACAUUUCAGACAGGCCGGAUCGUGAAUGGGGAAGUCAUGAUGAACAAUGAGAGACAAGCCAAUGGAGCGACAAAUGCGACCUCAAGUACGGGUGGAUCGUUGGACGAUGAGGCUCUUCGGCGGGCUAUGGAGGAACGAAUGAGGGUAUUGGCUGAAGAGGGCGAUGAGGAUGAAGGCAUGCAUCUAUAGGAUACAGGAAUGAACAACACAUUCAGAGAUUGUUGAGUACAUUGCUGGCGUUAGAUACCCGGUUAGGAAAAGUAAUCGAAUGAAGGAUAUGAAAUGUAGUGUUCUGGCACAGGAACCAGCCACUUGAGAUCCUUUGUCUAUUGACAAUAUUGCUAUCUGGUCAAAAAUGACACAACAGAGUUCGGCUUUUCCUUCAGUUGUGCAACGUGGAUUGUCAAUGUGUAUUGACCCAGCCCGAUUUCUUGGCUCCAAGCUGGGCCAUGUUAGCUGUUGAAAUAGUGGACAGAUAGUGAACUUGCAAGAAUUGAGAGAGCCGACAUGACUCUAGGAAAGAG